AUGGAGAAGCAUAUGAUCACAAUAGCUAGGCGAUUCAUCUUGUACAACAAAUCAAAGUUGGAGCAAGACACAACUCAAGUGAUGGACAAUCUCUUCAAGGAGGUUAUGAAUGUGGUAGCUGAGGCGAGAAAGUUCUACGCUGCUGAGAUAAUGUCCAAACUAAGGGAUGAAGCUUUUGCACGCAUGAUGUUCUUGGAUGGUUGUUUCGUUUUAUAUUUCAUCCAAGGCAUGAAUAGAGGAAACAUCGACUUAGAAAUAAGCAAUCGUCUCAUUCUUCUCAUUGUUCGAGACAUGUUCUUGCUCGAAAACCAUCUUCCAUUUUUAGUCCUUGAUGCUUUGAUGAGCUUGAGAUUUGAUUCUAAUAAGAAAUUGAAAGGAAAGAUCGUGAAAUUCAUCGAAUGGGAAGUCCUACUUCCCAUGGGAUUAUCAUUCUUUAUCCCUCACUGGUGGUUUACUGGAAGAAGAGAUGAUGACCCGCUUCACCUCCUUGACGCUCUCCGGACCAUGUUGCUGGGCUCUCAUCCCUCAGAUCCGAACAAAAAAUACAGGUACAGGCUACAUAACUUCGGCUCCGUUAUGGAACUCAAGGAAGUUGAAGCCAAAGAGUCUGUGAGGCUCCUUCGGCUUCUGGAGGGAGUGGUCGAGAAGAGCGACAGUGGAUAUUUGACCGAAAUCCGUUUUAAGGAAGACUUCUUCUUCCCACAACUAUUGCUUCCACAAAUCAUCAUCAACGAUGCCACCAUAUCUCAUCUGCUGAACUUGACAGCCUUUGAGAUGUGCUCUGACACUCAUUCCUGCUACGGUGUUACCUCCUACAUGUGCUUUCUUAAUACUCUCAUCAACGAUGGCGUUGACGUGAAGGAGAUCUUGUCUAAGCACAUACUCCACCACGCCCUCGACAAGGUGGCAUGUCUAUUCAACGAGUGGCCGAUUGAAGGGAUGAAUGAUCUCUAUGUGUACUUCGAGGUCAAGGAACGCAUAUACUCACAUCGUCAUUAUAAUGUGAAGGUAUCAAUAGCUAGAGUUUUGCACACCUAUUUCAAGAGCCCAUGGACUGCCAUCUCCUUUGUUGCUGCAGUUCUCCUUCUCCUCUUCACUGCCAUUCAGACGGGCUUUGCCGCAUUCCCUCGACAUUAA